CGUCAUCCCACCAGCCCGAGACACACUACCUCACACGAACAUCUCUACUUCGUACAUCCAUCUACGCAUCAACCCGGACACGUGCGACGCGAGCCCCGAUCGGAUGCCACAAAUGGCGUCGUAGUACGCCGAGCGUGCUGAUAGACAGACAUGACGCGAUAGAGCCGCCCACUACAAUCCAGACCAAGCGUUCACGAGGAAGACCACGACGUCGACGGUGACAUGCCGCAACAGCAGCAGCAUCAGGCCGCGGGGCUGCUCCUGCUGCUCUUCCUUCUCUGGAACCUCUUCCCCGAGGGCGAGUACCAGAACCAGUCGCUGGCGCUUUCCGAGCUCGCCUCGAAGCGCCUCGAGCGGUAUCAGGAUGCGCUCGAGGUGCUGAACCAGACUCGCUGGGGCGACUUCCGGUCGCGCCCCGAUGCCGCUGCCGGCGACGAUGACGAAGGCCCCUACGGCUUCGUCAACCUGACGGGCUUUCGCGAGCAGGAUGGCUUUGCUUGGGAGGACCUGGAGCUGUUUCGCGAAAAGGGCUUGCGACUGAGCCGCCAUGCGAUGCCGCCCGUCGGUGGCAAGCAGCUCUGGGACACGGCGCAGGGGGAGCCGGUAUGGGCCAACGCCUCGGGCACGCUGCACGGCGACUGGGUGCGCCGUCCGGGCUCCGUGCCGCGCACCUACGACAGCUACAACCUCAGCCGGAGCGUCCCCGGCAUGGACUGGGUCGGCGACAGGGCCGACUGGGCACGCAAUAUCACGGGCGAGAGCGGGCGCAUGAUGCUCCGUCUCGAGGGUAACAGGACGGUGCAAAAGUACGACGAGGUCGCCGAGGGCAGCAUCCCGCUCUCGGGCGGCAGCGUUCGCCACGUUAGGGGCUACGCCACCAUCGAGGACACCAGGGGCUCUGGGCUCAACUGGGAGAUGCGCCUCUGGGGCCUGCAGUGGCCCCGCCAGGGCGUCGUGCUCAUGACGACUACGAGCGAGAAGUUUGAGGGCAUCUUUGGCCUGCCGCACCUCGCGCCGAGCGCCGACUUCUUCCAGUCGGCCCAGAUGAUGCUGAUGCGCAAGCUGGGCCGCGUCGUCAGGCGCAAGAGGCGCAACCUGUACGUCGACCAGAACAUGCCGUGGAACUCGGACGUGGACAACGCGCUCUACACGGCCUUUCCGUCGCCGCAUUGCGAGUUCGUCUUGUACGGCCAGGUCCACCCGCCGCUCCAGCAGGAUGCGGGCGUCGACGCUGAGCAUGCCGAGGACGUGAUCCGGGCCAUCGAAUCGGAGCUGCAGAAGCCGCUGGGCGCGCCUAUCCACUCCGUCUCCAAGCUCCAGAUGUCGACUGUCAUAUACUCGCCCGACUGCGGCUUCUUCCUCGAGUCCAAGGGUCCGCCCGACUUCCCGCCGGCCGACUCGGACCACCUCGUCGGCAUGAAGACGGAGGUGCAUACCCACCAGGUCAAGACGUGGAUGCUCGUGUACGCCCUCGUCGUCUUCGCCCAGGUCGGCCUGCUCAAGGACCAGAUGCAGGAGUCGUUCACGCCCUCGACCAUGGGCCGCGUGAGCUUCUGGACCAUAAGCGCCAUGGUCAUCGUUGAUGGCAUGACGUUUACCGCCGCUGCCACCUGGGUGUCGUCGGCCAUGGCUACCUUUCUCCCGACGCUGGCCCUCAUGUUCGCCUCCUUCUUGUCCAUGACCAUAGGCGGCAGCUUCUUGGCCAAGAUUCACGAGGUGCAGCUGCCCGAGAGGAAUCGGCGCCGCGACCAGCAGAGACAGACGCCGAGCAGCGGCGCUUCUACCGGAACCACGAGCUCCGCCACGUCGGCGCCCCUGACGCCGAACCCGACGGGCGCGCUCCUCCCCGCGCCUGUGACUGCUCCACGAUCCUCCCGCCUGCCUCCGGAUCAAGGCCCGGUCAUCGUACCAUCCGACCAGGACAUAUCCGCCGAGAUAGCCGCAGCGGCCUCUGCCGUGCCUCGACCGAACAUGGUCGGCAACACGACCGCCACUACCACUACACCUGCUCCGCCAUCGUCAGCCCCUCAUCGCCCGCCGCAGACCUUCCAAGCCAUCAUUGGGCGCUUCAUCCUCUUCAGCCUCUUCGUCUCCUUCCUCGCCAUCUCCUCAGUGACGUGGUACUCGCGCCCGCGCGCCCUCCUCCUCAACGCCUGCGCCUUCGCCUACCUGUCCUUGUGGUUGCCCCAGAUCUGCCGCAACACGCUGCGCAACUGCCGCCGCGCCCUCAGCUGGCGCUUCGUCCUCGGCCAGUCUGCCCUCCGCCUCCUCCCCCUUGCCUACUUCUGGGUCAAGCACGACAACUUCCUCUACGCACGCACCGACCGCCGCUCCUUCGCCCUCCUCUGUGCUUGGGUCUGGCUCCAGAUAUGCCUCCUCGCCGCGCAGGACGUCCUCGGCCCUCGCUUCGCCCUCCCCGCCGGAUGGGCCCCCGACGCUUGGGACUAUCACCCCGUCCUGCGCGAGGACAACGUCGAGGCCGGCGGCCUGCCUAUCGGCCUCGUCGCCGACGACACCGCUGCCGCUACUGCUCCUACCACUUCCACCACCGCCACCACCCAUGCGACAACUAAUGCGCGGAGUCCCACGGCCGAGAAGCGCGGCAGCGUCAGCGGCACUGCGGGCGGGACCCGGGCCAUCGACUGCGCCAUUUGCAGAGAGGUCCUGGAGGUGCCCGUCCUCGGUGCCGGUGAGGAGGAGGGACGCGUGGCCAACGUCUUUGCACGUCGGCUAUACAUGGUCACGCCCUGUCGGCACAUCUUCCACACGGCGUGCCUCGAGGGCUGGAUGCGCUUUCGCCUUCAGUGCCCGAUAUGCAGGGAAGAGCUGCCGCCCAUAUGAGCAAGCAGUGGCUUACCUAUGUAAGGAUGUGCCAACAAAAGUAGUUUGUGCAUGGAAUUAGCAGGCGUAAGAGCUUUAAAUCUAAAUGGAAGCGAUCCUCAUUCACGCAGCACUGCAUGUGGAAC